AUGGUUGUUGCCUGGAUAUCAUGGCUUAGUCUUUUCAGCAUCUGGUCACUGUUGUGCACAGCGAUAGAAGAUCUGCAGGUGGAACCACAGAACUCAACUGUGCUGCGAGGCUCUGACGCCCGAUUCAAUGCCACCCUGCAGGGAACCUGGCAGGUCAUGACCUGGACGGUCGGAGGGUCCUUCGUCCUCACGGCUACUCCCGCUGAGAUCAUCUCAUCAUCACAGAUGUUUUCUGCCAGAUUCUGCUCCAGCAGCUGUGUGGAGUUCACCAUCCACAACGUCAGCCGCUCACAAGCUGGACCCAUCAUCUGCAGUGUGCAAGCAGGUUACACACCCCAGACUGCACAGCUUUCUGUACAAGAGAGUGGAACAGUCAGGAUCACCAGUGGGAAUGUGACAGUCAUGCAGGCCCAGCAGGUGGAGUUUCAGUGUGAAACAACUGCUUGGUUCCCGAUACCUUCAGUCAGCUGGAACCUAAAUGGUCAGGCUGUGGACAGCAGCUUUUACAACACCACCAGCAUGGCUGAUGGACAUUUCUUCAACUCCACCAGUGUUCUGAAGAUCAAGACAGCCAGCAGCACAAAAGUUGAAUGCAUGGCCACUCUUCCAACACUAAAAACCCCACAGUGCAGCUCUGUCUUCUUGGUGGUUG